AUGUUUCAAACUUUAAAUUGUAAAGAACUAAAAGAAGAAUUACUGAAUAACUUAAGGUCUUGCCUUGAGUAUCUGUUUCCUAAUGGUACUUUUCAUAGCCAUGAGUUCUGGGUGGGAAACAUACAGGGCAAUAGAGGAAAAAGCCUAAGAGUAGAGUUAACUGGUGAUAGAAAAGGAUUGUGGAAAGACUUCGCAACUAACGAAAAAGGUGACAUCAUUUAUCUUUGGGCGGCUGUAAAAGGAAAAAAUGCCAGGACAGAGUUUAUUGAGGUAAUGGCUUCUAUAGGUGAAUGGCUUGGCAAAAAGCACACAAGUGUCGAAUAUUUGGAAAAAUAUCUCACCUAUAGUUGGAACUACUAUGAUGCAAACAAUCAAGUUAUUGUUAUAGUCAGCCGUUUUGACCCUCCCGGAAGAAAAAAAGAAUAUCGUCCUUUUAAUGUUAAAACGUUAAGUUAUGAAGCACCUGUUAUAAGAAGAUGUCUUGAAAAGAAAUGA